CCCAGUGAUGAAUUGAAAAGAGCCAAACUUUACGCCCCUCAAGUCUUUAAAUAUGCAACAAGAAACAGAUAAAAAGGGCCAUCCAUCCCAAAGAGACAACCUCUAACGGGAGAAACCCAGCAGGGAUGUGGGGAUCAAGUCUACUCUUACGUAUUAACAAUCCUCACAUUUAUAUUCAUGUCCUAUUCUAAGUUUCAACUGCCUCUCAUCUUUGCUUAAUUCUCUGCAAUAUAUUACACACAUUACCACAAAGUUUCUAAGAGAAAAAAAAAACAGAGAUGAGAUAUGUUCGUACAAGUAGCCUUAAGAGGCUCUUCUCAUUCAGAAGACAAAGUUUUGAUGGAGAAAUUCCAAAAGCUUGUGGUUUCAAUGAUACAAAUACCCCUACUGCUGAUGCUGCUACUGCCACAACACAGACACCUCAUAGACCCACAUGGAAAUGCUUCUCUUUUCAAGAAAUUUUUCAUGCCACAAAUGGUUUCGGUUCAGAAAAUAUGGUUGGGAGAGGAGGGUAUGCAGAGGUGUACAAAGGAGUACUAGAAGAUGGAGAAGCAAUAGCUGUAAAAAUGUUGACAAAAGCCACCGAUGAUGAGAGAAAAGAAAAGGAGUUCUUGACAGAAAUUGGGACACUUGGUCACGUUUGUCAUCCCAAUGUCACGUCACUUCUUGGUUGCUGUAUUGAAAAUGGACUUUACCUCAUUUUUCAGUUUUCCUCUAAAGGCUCUGUUGCUUCAAUUCUCCAUGAUGAGAAAUCACCCACUAUGGACUGGGAAACAAGGUACAAAAUUGCAGUUGGGACAGCAAAUGGUUUAUAUUACUUGCAUAAAUCUUGUCCUAGAAGAAUAAUUCACAGGGAUAUCAAGGCUUCAAAUGUUUUGUUGAGUGAAGAAUAUGAGCCACAGAUAUCAGAUUUUGGACUAGCAAAAUGGCUUCCAUCACAGUGGACCCAUCAUUCUAUUGUUCCAAUUGAAGGGACUUUUGGGCACUUAGCACCAGAAUAUUUCAUGCAUGGCGUAGUUGAUGAGAAGACAGAUGUUUUUGCAUUUGGAGUGUUCUGCUUGGAGCUCAUUUCUGGAAAAAAGCCAGUUGACAAUUCCCAUCAAAGCUUACAUAGCUGGGCUAAACCUCUUUUGAGCCGAGGAGUUAUAGAAGAAGUAGUUGAUCCUAGUCUAGAAGGGACAUUUGAUUAUACACAACUUUAUAAACUUGCCUUCGCUGCUUCUCUUUGCAUUCGUGCUCCUUCUGUAUGGCGCCCUACCAUGAGUGAGAGUACAUGCGAGCGUUCACCUGCUAAUCUAUCUUCAAGCACUAUAUUUCCACGCGAUGCAGAAAUCGACCAUACUGCUUGUCAUGCUCAGUGACUUGUAUUCGGGGACAACAUUCGGGUUGGAUUGAAGUGGUUUCGGUCCCUUCUUAAUGACAACCAAAGCUUGGAAGUCGCUUGACUGAACAUAAAUCUUGAAUCCAUUCUUCCAGUGAGAAUAGUGUUGUCCAUUAAAGUAUGGAGGUCUGGUUGAUGAGUGACCAUAUUGAAGAAGUGCUCCUGGUGUCUGAUAGUUUACCAUUAUAUCUUUGCUCACGUACGGUUAAGCAACUCUUUGGUGAGGCAUGCUCUGAUACCAAUUGAAAUUCAAGAAAAGGUGAUGAAUUAAAUAUUUUUCCUAAGUUGACGGAUCAGUCUUAACAGUCAACUCACUUGCAGAUUAGUAUACUGAACAAAAUAGAUUAAACUUAAAUGUGUAAACAAAUAAAUAAGUAAGCAAGAAAAUAACAUAGAGAUUUAUCCUAGUUUGGAACACCGAUAUGGUGCUUACUUCCAGUCCCCUUGAGUUACACGAGUUUUCUUAGAGCUUUCAAAGUAGAGUUGGAGUACAGAUGGAGUGAAUAAUUUCUGAAUCUUAUUUUGUUAUUCAAAGCUUGUGACAUAGCCUCAAUUGAUAUGACUAAUUUUACUUGA